GUACUUGUGUCAGAUAAAGCAAAAUGGAAAUGAUGAAUGAAUAUGACUCAGCUGAAAGCAGGAAGUUGUUUAAGAGUGAAGGCAUCCCUUACUCAUCUAAGUUUUCUUGAGUCAAGAGAGUUGGUACUGCUUGUAUGAUCAAGUGCAAUAGAAAGAGCUGUAAAAGGAAGUAGUGUCCAGUUCUGUGCAGAGAUCUGAUUCUUUUUUAACAGUUAGGUUAUCUGGUCACACAAAGAGAAGUGAACAAAUGAAUCUAUAAUGAGAGGGAAAGUAACACUGAACUGAGUGCAGGAAGGGGUUUAGAAGUAAGGAAAUACUGGAUGAGCUCUACCUGGGAGAAUGUACUCAGAAACAGGAAUGGAGCAAAGCUGUCAGCUCUUAAGGACACCCUCCUGAGAGCACAGAAGCUCCCAUCUCCCAGAAGAAGAAAUCAAGCUGCAGAGGUGGGAAAUUAACGGAGCAAGGACCUGCUGGUCUAACUGAGGGAAAAGAGGGACAUGUACAGGCAGUGCUAGUCCCUUCCAGCCUCAACCCAUUCUAUGAUUCUGUGAGGCAAUGAUUCUACAAUUAUGUAAUAGUGGAAGCUACAGCCUUACCAAAUAUGUAGAAGUAGAAGGAUAAUCAUGUUUCAUUGGGAAUCUCCAACAUGCUAAAUGGGGAAUUACCAAAGCUUGCAAAUAGCACUGUAGAAUGCUGUACAUUUUUAUCUUCUCCAUCAGAAGCAUGUGUGUCCUCAUUGUAAGACUGAAAGAGUGAAUUGUGUGUGGACUGCAACAGCUGUGAAGAUCUGCUAAAGUUUCUCUCUGGGAUGAUGAUCAGGUCAGUGACGAAUCGCAGUAACUGUGGUGAGACUACGGCUUGAAACAGAUAACUUUCAGUGUGAAAACAGUAGAUAUAUACCUUGAACAUUUAUAGGAAGAAAGACUGCUGAGCUUCUCAGCCCAAGUAAUGCUGCAUGCAAUUAACAUGGAUUAAAAAGAAGAUGAAAAAUGAAACCAUCAUGUUCUAAGUGAGCCAAACUUGGAACUAAAUUCUCAGUUUCUACAAAUCUGUGACCCUAAGCAUUUGAUAUGACACAUGUUUCAUAUGUUCCUGUUGUGCUGGUGUUAAGCUUUUUCCAACAUAAGACACUAUUUUCCACUGGUUUGGCAAGGAGACAACCAGAUGUAGUGGAUGAACUACGGCUAAGGAAUGAUCUGCAGGUUACCAAGAAAGAGUCACAAGUUAUUCUGUACUGGAACAACAACCUAACAAAAGAAGAGACACAGAAGUACACUGUGAAGUAUAUUCUGAGUUACACGUUUUUUGAUACAUCUCAGGAAAGGAAAGAAAGACUACAGGAAAAGAAAAAAAGAAUACGUCUUGAGCUACAUACUGGUUUUAAAGCUAAAGUUAAAACACAGAUUUUUAUGAAAGAAACAGAAGACCUAAUUAAGGAGAGCAGCUGGACAGAAUAUACUUACAGGUCUCCUCCAGUAUAUAUCCAGAAUCUUUCAUGCAUUAUAUAUAAUAUUUCUUUUUUAAAUUGCACCUGGCAUAUUAAAGCAGAAGAUCCUGCAGAUGUCCAGUAUUUUUUUUCAUACAGACACACAGAAAAAGAUUUUGAAUGCCAGCAAUAUAUAAAAAAUGCAAGGAAUAAAAAUAUUGGAUGCCACAUGAAAGAUAUAUCUUUCAAACCACUAAGAAAAAUAAUUUUAAACAUAUCUGUAGUAGAUCUGAGAAAUAAUUCAAGAAGACUGUCUUAUUAUAAAGGUUUUACACCUCAAAAAAUAGAGAAACUGAACCCACCGAUCAACGUCUCUGUUUCCCUUGAAAACAGAAGUAUUAAAAUUUACUGGAAACCCCCGCCUACCAUUGGGUCAGGAGAAAAAAAGUGCUUUAAGUAUCAAGUGAAAAUAACAAACAGUAAGAUUGUAGAUGUCACUGAAGAGAAAUACGAGUAUCCACUUCUUAGGCCAACAAAAAAAUGUACUGCAGAAGUGAGGGCCAAGAAAGAGGUGUGCAUAACAAACAAGAUUUGGAGUGAUUGGAGUGAACCGGUGAUUAUUUAUGAUGAAAAAACGGUGGACAGCACGCUGCUAAGCUUCACAUUGUUCGGCCUUCUGAUUUUCCUUGGAAGUUUGCUGAUAUGUGCAUGUAGAAGGUAUGGAUUCCUGGAAGUUAUAACCAUGCCCUUUCCAGGUCCUACAGAUAAAGUUACAACUUGGUUAGCUGAAGAUGAGCCUCACCACCAGAAACAAAAUUCAGUGCAAAUGGAGAUGCAGUCAGAGAUCAUACUGAGAAUAUCAGAAGGUAAUGGAGAUGAAGACAUUCAACAACAUACCCAUCUGAAAGAAUCUGAAGACCUGUAGAAGUGUUAGGCUUUUGCUUUAAUUUUUAUCUUCAUGUAAGAGCUAACUUUCUGUUAAGUGGAUUCUCACUGAUCUAAGAAAGGCUGAUACUGGA